UUUAUCAAUCACUUAGCUCAUAAUUCAUAUCAACAAAUAUAGAAAUGGAGGAGAAAAGCACUUGCAAGGUUUGUGUUACAGGAGGUGCAGGGUACAUAGGUUCUUCUCUUGUACAAAAGCUUUUGGAUAAAGGUUACAUUGUUCAUGCUACCCUAAGAAACUUGGAAGAUGAGUCAAAGGUGGGGUUAUUGAAGAGCUUAAGUGGGGCAGAUAAAAGAUUAAAGUUAUUUAAAGCUGACAUUUAUAAAGCAGAGGAAUUUGAGGAGGCUAUUCAAGGCUGUGAAUUUGUUUUUCAUGUUGCCACCCCUUUGUUGCAUUCUCAAGGAUCUCAGUACAAAGAUAGAACAGAGGCAACAGUUGAUGGAGUGAAGAAAAUUGGAAUGAUUUGCCUUAAAAGUGGGACAGUGAAGAGACUUAUUUAUACUGCCUCUAUUGUAGCUGCCUCACCAUUGAAGGAAGAUGCAAUUACUUACAAAGAAUUAAUAGAUGAAACAUGUUGGACACCUCUUAAUUUCUCAAAUCCUUACACUAAACAAUGGCUUUGGCAAAAAAGUGAUAAUUCAGGUUUGGAGGUGGUGACAUUAUGUUGUGGUCUUGUAGGUGGAAACACUUACUUACCUUAUAUCCCAACAAGUGGUGCUAUGUUCUUGUCAAUGUUAACUCAAGAGGAGAUUCUCUACAAUUCACUCAAGUUUUUGGAGGAACUUAUUGGAAAAGUUCCAAUAAUGCAUAUUGAAGAUGUGUGUGAAGCUCAGAUGUUCUUCAUGAAUAAUGUUGGUUCUCUCAAUGGGCGUUUCUUGUGUGCUAGCUCCUUUGUUUCUACCGCUGAGAUUGGCAAUUACUAUCAACACAAUUAUCCAGAGUUUAAGGUCAACCAAGAGUACUUGAAUGAUCCCAAGAGAGAUAUCAAGUUUGGAUCGAAAAAGUUGGUUGAGAAAGGUUUUAUGUACAAAUAUGGGAUGAAGGAGAUAUUGGAUGAUUGUGUUAUUUGUGCAAGGAAGAAUGACAUUUUAUAGUAACAAUAAAUAAACAUCUCAUAUUGAAAGUCAAAAUUCCAUAUCUGAAGUGUAAUCUUUAUGUACUUUUAAUUAUUUGAAGUUGUAAUUUUUCUAAACAAUACCAAAGAAGAGGUGAAGAAGAAUUUGUUGAAGAACGAAAAAGUUUUACAUAGGUAGUUAAUGAAUAAGUUUCAUAUAUAUUCUAUAAAAAAUGAGUUGUGGCUCUAA